GAGAGAAAGAGAGAGAGGGAGGGAGAAAAAAAAAAGAGCGAGAAAGAAAACUUGUAAAACAAAUUAUCUGUUCAUCCCGCCCCCUGACAAUUGUCCUCCUUUGCCGGUUGCCGAGGCGACAGGUGAAGCCACCACACGGGCGUGUGCCGCAGAAAGAACACUCUGAUACUGUCUGUGUGAGAUUAGGCAUAGUAUUCCCCUCAUGAAAGCCCUUAAGUUUACACCAGAGAAAGUCGUUAUAAUAUCAGAUAAGCAGGCAAUACCAUCUUUAUUUUUCCCAGGAUGCAAAUAUCAAUUUCUCAACCCUUCCAGCUGGUGGAUUAUUAGAACUAAAAAGGUCUACAUAAAAGUUACGGCAUUUAACUCGACCCGAUAUUCCCGAGUCAUAGCCGUUAGACUGCACACUUGAGAGCAGAGCUGAGCUUCGCCCUACCCAUCCUGCUGAUGUCCUUGUGGUCUCUCCCACGAAAUAAAAAAUGUUUUUCCCAUCAUGUAAAUCAUGGCUUGGGGCUUAACUAAUAUCAGGUGCAUCAAUGUUGCCUCCGGGCCCUGGUGCUUCGGAUUAGGCCCCGCCCCCCCAAGAGCACUAGGACUUCACACACAGCAACUCACCACUUGUUAGAGAUCAACCUGCCGUGUGCACUCUGACACACACGCACACAAACACACAGAGGACUCUAGCAGGUACUUUGGUGAAGAUCUCUCCCGGAUACCAAGGGUGAGACUGAGAGUCACAGAGAGACCAACACUGGAGGCGUAAACUAAGCAGAGCGCAAAGAGGAACCCGAGAUGGACGCCGUCCAGGAGCGCAAGCCCAAGAGGCCCCACUACAUCCCCCGACCGCCAGGCAAGCCCUUCAAGUACCAGUGCUUCCAGUGCCCCUUCACCUGCAACGAGAAGUCUCACCUCUUCAACCACAUGAAAUACAACUUGUGCAAGAACUCCAUCUCCCUGGUCUCCCAGAAAGGCGGGCAUGUCGGCAGGCAGGUCAAGCCCGUGGAAAAGGGUGAACUUUGCCCUCUGGCUCCGAACGACGACCCCUGUCCCCAGCCUGUGGUCCGGAGCCCCAGCCCUCCCCGCCAAGAAGACGGGGAACACGAGAAGGAGGAGGAGAAGAAGGAGGAGGAGGGGGAGGAGAAGAAGGAGGAGGAAAUAGACGUGGAACAUGUCAGCCCAGUCCGACUGGACACUCACAGUGUCCUGAAGCCAAGCAAAGAAACCAAUGAGAACAAAGAAUACAGGCCUUUGCCCCACCCUUCAGCCUUCUCCACAGUCACGCCCAAUCGGGAUAGAGCAGACGACAUGAAGUCACCCAUCCACCAAUCGGAGGAGCCGCCCAUCCCCGCUCCGUUACCCGACAACCCUCCCUACACGUGGGGCCCGCUGGGACCAUUGUUGCCCUUUAAAACGCCCCACCCAGCUCAAAUGCUUCCAGAAUAUUCCCACUACAUGUUCUCAGAGCGGCCCCUGCACCCUUUCUACCCACACUACUUCCUCCCAGGACACCCUCACCUGAACGGGUCGAACCCCUCUCCCUACCACAGAGACUUCCUGGAGUCCCAGAGGCCAGUGCUGGCUCAGCCCCUGGCCCAGCCCCCCCACCCCUCCCUCUACCCCCAGUACCCAUACCGAUACAGCCCCACUCUUCACCCGGCACCCUCGGUGCACUACGGCCUGUACCGGCCCCACGAGCUCCAGAUUCCAGUCCCGGGCUCCAGGUACUUUCCUCUGGACGUGUACCGGUCCGGGCUCCGGGACUAUGACCUUUACUUCCACCAUCGUCUCCACAGUGAGCCCGCCGGCACGGCCGAGAAGGAGGAGGACCGCCAAGGGCCGGCAGGGGACAAGCCCACCAGGCUGAGCCCCAUGGCGGGGUGCGCUGCCUCGGGCUCACCCGACAGGCCCGGACACUCCCAGUUGAGCCAGAGACACGCCGAGUUCCCCCACUGUAGCGUCCCGGGGGAGAUGCAAGCGGUCAGCCAAUCGGGCGACGCAGGUCCGACCGCGCAACCCAUCGGCGCAGACGCGAGCAGGGAUGAGACCGCAAAGAGCUUGCAGCUAAGAACGCGCCCGGGAGAAGGGCAACCAGAGCAGAACGCAGAGAUCACAACACCCGUCUCCGAGGACUGCAACAACUCUCCAUCUGAACGCGGUGAAGACAUAGCCCCCCUGAACCUCUCGACAAGACACCAGGACAAGGACGUCAGAAAUGACCUCCACGCCAGCAGAGGGAGCUGUCCUGGUCCGGGAGCCAUCCAGGAGGACCUGCCACUGAACCUGAGUCUGAGAGCUCCAGUUGGCAGCAGCCCAGGCCUCGGCCCCACCCUGGCCGCCCCUGGAGGCCUCCUCCAGAAUCUGUCUGGGAAGGAGCCUAGCGACCAGCAGAGACAGACCGCAGCCCUGGCCCUGUGCCAGCUGGCCGGUGCCAGCUCAACCAACCUCUCCUGUGGCCUCAGUACUGCAGUCAGCCCCCAAGAGUCACAACUCUCCACACAGCCUGUCCACAGCCGCCCUCCGCCCCAGACCACCCCAGCCCUCACACAGAAGGGCCAUAAGGCCAGGACAGAGCAGGGCCCCAGGGCCAAGCAGGUGAAACGGUCAAGCAGUGAACAGGCCCCGCUUCCCUCAAAGAGGCCAGCCAAGAGGAGCAGGGCUAAGGAGGCCGGUCGGGCCUUGAGGAAGCGGCCUCGCUGCUGACGACCCACCGAGCUGCCUCGGCAGUCACACCUCACCUGCUGGAAGACUCUUCACUACGGGAGAACUUUGGGAAUCAUAAAUGAACGUUUACCAAGACCUGAAACAAGGCCAUUUCAAUGUUGUCAUUGAUAUUACACUUGUGGUAGCUAGGUGUGGCCGUAUACUUGGAUGGGAUCUCUGAAUUGUGUUACUGUGCAUGCACUGAAUAGGCAAAGAUAGAAUGAUAUUAUAUUAUUAGGGUUCACACUGAGAAAUUAGGAAAGGAUAAAUUCAUUCGGGUCAUUCAUUGGUACCCCACAAAACAAACUACAUUAUACCACUUAAUUAUAGGUUUGAUCUAUUCAAUGAAAUCACUUCAACAAAGGCACUUUGCAUGCUUCUCGUUGCUGUUAAAGCUAGUCAGUUGGUUGCAGCGAAAGGGUAAAAGAUGCAGAAUAAAUCAAUAAGACGUCUUAAUGAAGUGAGAAAAAAAACGGCUUUGGAAAAGGCACUGUGAGUUCUGAAAUAUUGACACGUGUUUUUGAAAAAUGGGGAUAUACAAAUGUAGAAUAUUGAAUGGUUUGAAAGCAUGUUUGUACACUAACAACACUGUCAAGCCUGUAAAUGUCAGGGACGCCCUCCAUAUUGUUUCUUCAGUUUUCUCGUGAAGAAGGUGAAAGAUUUUGUAUAAAAAUUAUAUAUUAUUUAAACAUAACAUAUUUUGUAUAUAUAUAUAUAUAUAUUAUUAUUUUUUCGGACAGGUGUACUGUUUAUGUGGUGGUGGGAACAGAUACUGUUGCAACGUUUAAAGAAUGACAGGACACCAAAUAAAAGGAAAACAGAAAAAUA